AUGGGAGGAAAAUCAAAAGGAAAAAGGUCAGGAACAAGAUAUAAGUUUUCCAAGAAAUUUCGAAAGCAUGGAGAAUGCACAGCAAACAAAUUUUUAGAAAAUAUAAAUUAUGGAGAUUAUGUAGAUAUUGUUUGUGAUUCCACACAACAGAAAGGUAUGCCAUUUAACUUUUAUCAUGGUAGAACUGGAAAAGUAUUUCAUAUUACAAAACGAGGUGUGGGGGUUUUAGUUAAUAAAAGAGUCAAGCAUCGAAUAAUUCAAAAGAAAGUUUGUGUACGAAUAGAACAUGUCAGAAAAUCAAGAUGUAAUGAGGAUUUUAAAUUAAGAAAAAAAAAAAAUGAACAAUUAAUUAAGGAAGCAAAAUUAAAAAAUGAACGAAUAUCAAUUAAAAGAAAACCCGAAGGUCCCAAGCCAGCUGCUAUGGUCAAAGUACCCCCAUCCAAAAUUAUUACUAUCGAACCUCUCCCCUUUUAUGAAGAAUAUUAA